GGCGAUUCCGUCGGCAGUCACACUGGAGAAGCGGAACGAAGCGGACGCAGGGCGAAAAAUACAGAUACUUUUCGGGGAAGUGAUACUUCUUCGUAUUCGUGCGUGGUUUCGUUUCGUCGAGAGAAACUGCACAAGUCGCAAGUUAGUGGAAAGAAGUGCGCACCGUCGAGUGGAAUGCGUGCAGUGCCAUCGCGACCGAAAAGUGCAAUUAGUGCUCGCGAGUGAGUGUGUUUGUGCCACCCGACGUGAGAGAUAACGUGAAAAGGGAAAAUACCUCCUGAAGCAAAACUAAAAUAUGCUUAAACUACGGUUUGGCCAAAUUGCCAACUAGCCAAAAGUAACGAGCACACCGAAACCGAAAAAAACCAGCAGUUCGAAAAGAGAAAGCCAACGGAAGUCCGCGCAAACAAGGACUUUGCCCCAUCUCGAGCUUCCAAUGGGUCAUCACCUAAGCAAGUUCUCAGCACGCGCCAAUAGCCAGGAAAAGAGUCAUCCGCCCGCCAGCUCGAGCAGCAGGGAAUCCGCAGCACUAGUAGAGGAGACCAUCGGCCUGGACGAGGAGCAGCUGCAGGUGGAAGAGGAGAUCCUCCCGGAGGCCGCAUCCCCGACAGCCGCCACAUCGGCGGCGGAAGUGCGUCAGAUCAUCAUCAAAAUCCAGCUGGCCAAAAUGGAGAAUGGCAAUUCGGUAGCCGCCGCCGGUCAGGUGGAAAUGCUGGCGGAGCAGGAGGAGCAGCAGCGGCACUGCGAAGGUGGUGCCACCAACAACGCCUCCCUGUCUGCGGACUCGCUGAAUGCGAACGGGCAGAUUGUGAACGUGACGCUGGAGGGCGGCCAUGGGGAAGUGGGCGUGGCGACAAAUCGAACUGCUGGCAGUUCGGCGGAAGCGCCAAAAACCGAACGACACCCCGUGAAUAACAACAACUCAGCGGGUAGCGUCGGCGCUGCGAUAAGUACGUUACAACUACACGACGGCCGCGCGGAAGACGACGGCGGCGACGACGACGACGACGACGACGACCUGGAUGAGUCGCUGCUGCGUCGGCGUCGCAGCAACAGCCGCAGCAACAACCACAUGCACCACAACCACGAGGCCGAAGUCGUCGAGUACUGCGAAGUGCUCGAGUCGCUGCCAGUCAGCAAUAUGUUGUCGGCGGGAACGCAACACAGCAGCAAGCAAGUUUCCAGAAGCAAUAAUAGCAACAGUUGCUGCCGCAGUCGCAGCAGUAAAGCUCUAUCGAUGGGCGCAGCAACAUCCUCCGGAUCCGGAUCCGCAUCCGCAUCCGCAUCCUCGAAGCGGCGGUGCUGCAAGUGCAAGUGCCGCGACGCCUUCCGAGGAUUGAGGGACAUGCUGCCGAGCAGCAGUUCCGUGAGCAACAAGAAGGAUGCCGGUGUCGCUGUGGCGACGGUUCCGAGGAAAUCCCGGCAGGCAGACCGCCGCUCCACACCGCCCACGCUGGGCACAUCUUGUGGGAGUUCCCAGCACCGGAUGCAGAGUCAGAGGAAGCGGAACUCGGUCGCCGUUCCGGACGCGAGCCAUCACCAUCAUCAGGUCAUCAUUCGGAUCACAUCGCCGCGCUUCGUGGUCGAGUCGCCCAAUGGCGGCCGGGUAACUGUGGUCACCGAGCCCGCCCCCCCGUCGCCCCAGCCUCCGCCUCAGCCACGCCCCCUGGCCACGGUCGCCCCCGCCGCCACCGCCGGAGUGGCAGGCGGCCACGCGGGACUCGGAGGCCGCAACAUGACCGUGCACUCGCAAAUCGAUUUCAUGCACUGCCUGGUUCCCGAUCUGGAGAAGAUCACGAACAGCAGCUUCUACUGGGGCAAGAUGGACCGCUACGAGGCGGAGCACCUGCUCGAGGGCAAGCCGGAGGGCACGUUCCUGCUGCGCGACUCCGCCCAGGAGGAGUUCCUCUUCUCGGUCACAUUCCGCAAGUACGGCAGGUCACUGCACGCCCGCAUCGAGCAGAGCGGUCACAAGUUCAGCUUCGACUGCCACGAUCCGUGUGUGUUCACGGCGCCCACGGUGACGGGACUUCUGGAGCACUACAAGGACCCCGCCUGCGUGAUGUUCUUCGAGCCCUGCCUGACGAUACCCCUCCACAGGAGGCAGACCUUCUCCCUGCAGCAGUUGUCCCGGGCGACCAUUGUGUCCAGCACCAGCUACGACGGGAUCAACCAGAUGGAGCUGCCUGGCCGGCUGAAGAGCUACCUCAAGGAGUACCACUACAAGCAGAAGCUGCGCGUCAAGCCCAUCGACCAGAACACCCCGGUGCCGUACUACGGCGACGUAUAGCGGGAGGAGCAGCAGGUGGGCUUCACCUACUACGAGGACGUGGAGAGCGGCAGCG